CGAGACCCCGUGUCCAUCCUCCGUCCCAAAGACGGAACCCAGGAUGGCGUCGCACACCAAAGCGCUCGUCGCCACCUGCGCCGAGCUCACCGCGACGCAGAUCAAGUCCCUCAUGUCCGUCAGCGCCGACAUCGCGGCGCUCAACCACGACAGGUUCCAAAACUUCGAGUCCGCGCCCGCGAAGCAGUGCGCGUACGCCUUCGACGGACCCGCGUACAGGGCGCUGAGGAUCGAGUCCAUGACGACACCCCAAGUGCGGUUCGCGCAGAAGCACAUUCGCAUCCUCUCCGGGCUGAACGGGUUACUCCGCCCGCUGGACGCCAUCAAGCCGUACAGGCUCGAGAUGGGCACCAAGCUCGUCACGAACAGGGGCGCCAACUUGUACGAGUUCUGGGGCGACGCCAUAUGCGACGCCGUCGUCGAAGACGUGCGGGCGUUGGCACCUGCAGAGGGUCGAUUCGUCGUCAACGUCGCGUCCCAAGAGUACUUCAAGUCGGUCGUCGAGAAGACGCUCAAGCAGAGGGGCGUCGCCGUGGUGACGUGCGCGUUCCCCGGCCCGGCCGUGCACGCGAAAGCCGCGAGAGGCGCGAUGUGCAGGUACGUCGUGCUGAACGAGGUCACGGACGUGGAGGGACUCAAGGGAUUCGCGGGUAACGACGGGGAGUGGAAGUUCGCGUCCGAACAUUGUCCAGACGGCGCCGGGAGCGAGUCGGUCACGCUGACGUUUCAUCGGACGAACGUGGCGAAUGUCGCGAAGAAGAAGAAGGGGGUGGCGUCCGGCGGCGGCGCGAAGGGGAAGAGGCCGACGGCGGCGACCACGGCGGCGGGCGCCAAGCGAACGAGGGGCAAGAAGUGAACGCUUCGUCGAACGUUCAAAGCGCGACGUCCCGCGCGAAACCGGGCGCGCUUUCAAUCGAACGCUUUCAAUCGAACGCGUAGCACAUCACGCU